GCCGGCUGGCCGCGUUUCCCGCCGCCUCCCUGGAAUUCAGGCGGGAGAAGAGUCGGGGCGUCCGCGAUGUCUGGAGCGCGGAGACGGGGCGCGGGGCACUCCCUGGCGGGCUUCAGGCGAGGCUCAGAGCAGGAUGAAGCCAACGCGACCGCCGUUCCCCAGGGCUUGCUUCGGGCGGCUAGGAAGAGUGGGCAGUUAAACCUUUCCGGCCGGGAGUUGACCGAAGUACCUCUACAUGUAUGGCGAAUAAAUUUGGAUACUCCAGAAGAGGCACACCAAAACCUCUCUUUCAGUAGUGCUGAUCGCUGGUGGGAGCAAACUGACCUCAACAAACUGAUUUUAUCUUCUAACAAACUGCAGUGUCUUUCUGAUGAUGUCCAACUCUUACCUGCCCUCACUGUGCUUGAUGUGCAUGAUAAUCAACUCACGUCUCUCCCUUCUGCUAUAGGAUCACUAGAAAAUCUUCAAAAACUUAAUGUGAGUCAUAAUAAACUGCAAAAGAUACCAGAAGAGCUUACUCAGCUAAAACACUUGAGGAGUCUGCUUCUCCAGCACAAUGAAUUGUAUCACUUGCCUGAUGAAUUUGGACAACUUGUCAGUUUGGAAGAGUUGGAUAUCUCUAAUAACCAUAUCUCUGGUAUACCUACAAGUUUUGCUUUCCUAAUAAAUUUGGUGCGACUCAAUUUAAGUUCAAAUCAAUUAAGGAAUCUGCCAACAGAAAUCAGUGCAAUGAAAAGUUUAAGACAGCUUGAUUGCACUAAGAAUUUCCUGGAAACUAUACCUCCUGAAUUGGGUAGUAUGGUUUCAUUAGAACAACUUUAUCUAAGGAGAAAUAAGUUGUGCUACUUGCCAGAUUUUCAUUCAUGUACAUAUUUAAAGGAAUUACAUGUUGGUGAAAAUCAGAUUGAAAUAUUAAGAGCUGAACAACUGAAGAAUCUGAUUUCCUUGUGUGUGUUGGAACUAAGAGAUAAUAAGUUGAAAUCAUUGCCUGAUGAAAUUACUCUGCUACAGGGAUUAGAACGGCUAGACUUAUCCAACAAUGAUAUUAGCAAUCUUCCUUGUAAACUAGGAAACCUUUCUCAGUUGAAAUUUUUAGCAUUGGAAGGAAAUCCUUUAAGAGCAUUCCGCAGGGAUAUUCUUCAAAAAGGAACACAAGAAAUCCUGAAAUAUCUUAGAAGCAAAAUCCAAGAUGAUGAAAUAAGUAACCCAAAUGGAGAAUUUCCCAUGACAGCAAUGACUUUGCCAAGUCAGUCCAAAAUCAAUAUGCAUGCUAUUACUGCGCUGAAGACAUUAGAUUAUAGUGAGAAACAGGCCGUUGUAAUACCGGAUGAAGUUCUGAAUGCAGUUGGAGACAAUGCAGUCAGUAAUGUAAACUUCAGCAAGAAUAAUCUGACUGAAAUUCCAGCAAGGAUUGUGGAACUAAAAGAAUCUGUGAGUGAUAUUAAUUUUAGUUUCAACAAGCUGCCUUCUGUUUCACUGGAGCUCUGUAUGCUUCAUAGACUGACACAUUUGGACCUCAGAAAUAACAUUUUGACAUCUCUGCCAGAUGAAAUGGAAGCAUUGGCAAAACUACGGACAAUAAAUCUUGCCUUUAACAGAUUUAAAAUAUUUCCAAAGGUCCUCUAUCGCAUCCUUACUCUUGAAGCCAUUCUUCUUGGAAAUAAUCAGAUUGGAUCCCUAGAUCCUCAACAGUUACAGAAGAUGGAAAAACUCAGUACUCUAGAUCUUCAAAAUAAUGAUCUCCUACAGAUUCCACCAGAACUUGGGAAUUGUGACAAUCUCAGAGUACUUUUAUUGGAAGGUAACCCUUUCCGAACUCCCCGUGCAGCUAUUCUGGCUAAGGGAACAGCUGCUGUGCUUGAAUAUCUGAGAAGCAGGAUUCCUACUGUUGCUGCUGAUGUAAACUAAAAAGUGUGCAACAUCUUACUUUCUGAAGAACGAAGAUCAUGGCCUUUGUUGUUGAGAAACAUAACUUGAAAAUGCAUAUGCUAGAAAGUUGCUUCUAGGGUUCUCAAAGGAUUUUAGUCUACCUGCAGGCACCUCAGGCUGUUCUUAGGAUCAUACUUGUAUGGCAUAUAUUUGGGUGAGUGAUAUAUGACUCUACCCAGCAAAAGCAAAUGGUUGCUUAUGGUCUUCAACAUAUAUAUCUGAUAUGGCCAUGUUCUAAUUUUAUAUUUGGUACUUCUCAGCUGUUUAGAAAUCUGUUUAUAUGUUUUAAGCACCCCAAAAAUGUGUUUGCUAUUGCUAUUAUAGAAGAAGUAUAAAUUAAAGAUUUGGUUGCCACUGG